UAUCAUAUCAAUAUCCCAAAAAAAAAAAAGUAACACUCAUUCUAACUGCCACGUGUAACCUAUCUUCUUCAAGAAUGGUGCUGAUCCUAGUCACCCUUAUUCCCUUUACCUCCACUACGAGUACUCAUACUCACUCACACGAAGCAACGAAUCGAAUCCAAAAAACACUAAACCAAUCCAAAUGAUCAACACAGAGAUCGAAUCACAAAUAUGUCUCUGCAAAAAUUCAAGCUUCUCGCUACUCAAUGCAGCACCGUCGCGGAGGGUCCAACGCGUAGUCCAGUCAUCCACCUCCGCCGCCGUAAAACGCUGCGUUUGUUACUCACCCGAUCAUCAUCAGAUCGGUGGCGGUUACCUGAGAUCCAAAACAACUUAGAAGAAUCGAAUAAAUCGGAUAAGAGAGGUAAGAUCCGAUCUCGAAGGAAGCUGAGAGAGCUUUUUGUUUCGUCGCCUCCGUUUGAGGAAAGUGUCGGCGGCGGCGGUGGAGGCGAUAAGGGGAAGAAGAAGAUGGAGGUGGAGAUGGAGAGGGAUGAUGUAACGGUUAACGGCGUUGAUAAUACUAACGGAGGUUUUGGUGGAGAAGAGAUAACGGCGGCUCGGAGUGUGGGCUUUAACGGGUCUGUUAGGAGGCCCAUGUCGUCUGUUACACUUCGAUGUAGGUUACUUCGACGAUCUUGGCGUCCAGUUCUUGUAACUAUUCCUGAACAGUAAACUCUUGAAACAAAAUAAACUUAUUUAACAUCUUUCAUCGGUUGUUUAUAUUUUCUUCCCAAUUCGUUUGUCUAGGUGUUAGACUGUUAGGUCUUAUUAUUAUUGCAAGUUUUUCGUGAAAAAUUGCAAUAAUAAUUUUGUGGUUUGAUGAGGAUAUUGACAAGUGUGAACAAGUAAAGUAUUCUGAAUUUGGUCA